AUGAUUGAAGGAGGUUUGAACAAUUUCCCUUAUAUUUUAUUUACCGUAAUAGUUUGUACUUUGGUUAUUUGUUACUCUUCCCGCUACAAUCAGCUAUUCUCUUCUCGUCUCAUCAACGUCAACCAUCUGAAGUCCUGCUCUUUCUCCAAGGGUUCUCAAAUCUCGUAGUUAUGUUUUGAAGUUCACUUUGGCCGUUCACUGCUCUUUAACUUCAGCUUGCGUAGGAGCUUUGCUUGUUGAUCUGUAGCAAAAUCCACGAGGAAUUUCGUUGCAGAAGAACUGAAGAACGGAUUCUCUGUUCUUGGAGCGAGAAAUUCACUAAAGGUGCUAAUGGCUGUUUUAGCAGACUCGAGUAAGAUUCUGUCUGCUCUUCUCUGUUUCCUCGUGUUAAAUUGCUUCGCCGGUUUCAGAUCUGAAGCCCGGGUCUUACCUGAUGAAGAAGUACAGGCGCUCCGGAAAAUAUCAGCAAAAUUAAAUAACAAAUACUGGACCAUCAAGUCAACCUCUUGUAGUGGAGGUUUUAUUAACUCGUACAACUAUGCUCGGAAUAUCAUCAGCAAUAUCACCUGCGACUGUUCCUACAACGCCUUCACCGUUUGCCAUAUCACAAAAUUUAAGAUGGAAGGUAUGAACCUAACUGGAAUUCUACCCGACGAAUUUGGGGAUCUUCCAUAUUUGACAGAGAUAGAUCUUAUUCGCAACUAUAUCAAUGGGACCAUUCCUGUGAGUUGGACUCGGAUCCCUCUAGUAACCAUAAACCUUAUUGGAAACCGCAUUAGUGGAUCAAUUCCAGCGGAAUUUGGAAGCGUUGAAACGCUUGAAGAGCUGGUCUUGGAAGAUAAUCAACUUGGAGGAACACUUCCUCCACAGCUUGGCAACUUAACCCGGUUGCGUAGACUUCUUCUUUCUGCUAACAACAUAACAGGGCCACUCCCAGAAACAUUUGGAAAACUGAAAAACUUGACAGAUUUUAGGAUAGAUGGGAACAGUAUAUCUGGGAGGAUACCUAAUUUCAUUGGAAACUGGACCAAAAUUAAUAUUCUAAAUAUGCAAGGAACAUCCUUGGAGGGCCCUAUUCCUUCUGAGAUCUCCUUCUUGACAAACUUAAUUCAACUGAGGGUGUCUGAUUUGAAUGGAUCAAACAUGAGUUUCCCUGACCUCAGUGGCAUGAAAUCCAUAACUGAUUUGAUACUCAGAAAUUGCAUGAUUACAGGACAAAUCCCUGACUACAUCAGUGAAAUGAAAAAUAUAAUAAGAUUAGACCUUUCUUCCAACAAAUUGACUGGUGAAAUCCCUACAAAAUUUCAAGAUUUUCCAAAUUUAAGUAACCUGUAUCUCACAAACAACUCACUAACUGGAUCUGUACCAUCUUGGAUCAUUGACAACAAAAAAUAUAUAGAUAUAUCUUACAACAACUUUACAGGAUACUCUCCACAACCUGGUUGUGAGCAAACAAACGUGAAAACAGUUGCUAGUUAUUCAUCUCCAGAAGGCAACUUAGUCAAUUGGUGUUUGAAGAAGGAUCUCUCAUGCUCUAGCAAACCCAGAUAUCAUUCCUUGUUCAUUAAUUGUGGUGGUCCAAAGGUUGUAAUUCAUGGGGAGGAAUAUGAAGAAGACUUGUCACCAAUGAGUUCAUCUGCAUUUCAUGCCUCUAAUGAAAGAUGGGCUUGUAGCACCACUGGAGAUUACUUAUACAGUGAUCCACCCAAUUUCAAAGUCCAAGCAAACACUGCUCUGAAUGUGACUGACUCAGAAUUAUACUCAACAGCUCGCCUUUCCCCUCUGUCACUCAAGUACUAUGGACUCUGCUUACGCAAGGGAAGCUAUACAGUGAAGCUCCAUUUUGCUGAAAUUAUCUAUACAGAAGACCGGACAUUUAGCAGCCUUGGGGAGCGUAUAUUUGAUGUAUUAAUCCAAGGAGAGAUACGCUUGAAAGAUUUCAACAUUGCCAAAGAGGCUAAUGGUGUUGGUAAAAGUAACAUUCAGGAAUUUAAAGAUGUUUUUGUUGACGGGAGCACUCUGGAGAUUCACUUAUACUGGUCAGGAAAGGGGACUACUGCCAUUCCAGACAGAGGUGUAUAUGGACCUCUUAUAUCAGCUAUUACAGUGACACCAAACUUCAACCCUGAUACUGGGCUAUCUGUUGGAGCUAUUGUUGGCAUUGUAGCUGCUGCAUGUGUGGUUCUAAUAUUGAUUUUAGUAACUCUUCGGAUGAAUGGUUACCUGGGAAGAAAGGACCUUGAGGACAAUGAGCUUGGAGGACUAGAGAUACAGUCAGGUUAUUUCAGUUUAAAACAAAUUAAAUCUGCCACUGGGAACUUUGACCCUGAAAAUAAGAUAGGUGAAGGCGGUUUUGGACCAGUUUACAAGGGUAUACUGCCAGAUGGCACAGUAAUUGCUGUCAAACAACUAUCCUCAAAGUCAAAGCAAGGGAGUCGUGAGUUUUUAAAUGAGAUAGGAAUGAUAUCUGCUUUACAACACCCAAACCUUGUGAAGCUUUUUGGAUGCUGUGUUGAAGGAAACCAAUUAUUAUUAAUAUAUGAAUACAUGGAAAAUAACAGCCUUGCUCGUGCUCUUUUCGGAAGUGAGGAACAUCGACUAGAAUUAAACUGGCCAGUUAGGCGCAAGAUUUGCUUGGGAAUAGCAAGAGGUCUAGCUUAUCUUCAUGAAGAAUCAAGGCUGAAGAUUGUCCAUAGAGACAUAAAGGCGACUAAUGUGCUUCUUGACAAGGAUCUGAAUGCUAAGAUAUCUGACUUCGGUUUGGCUAAACUUGAUGAAGAGGGGAACACUCACAUCAGCACCAGAAUAGCUGGAACUAUAGGAUAUAUGGCUCCUGAGUAUGCAAUGAGGGGUUAUUUGACAGACAAAGCAGACGUUUACAGCUUUGGAGUUGUUUUGUUAGAGAUUGUAAGUGGAAAGAGCAACACAAGUUAUAGGCCAAAGGAGGAUUUUGUUUAUCUUCUCGAUUGGGCCUAUGUUUUACAAGAGGAGGAUAAUCUCCUAGAGCUUGUUGACCCAACCCUCGAAUCACGCUAUUCCAAAGAAGAGGCAUUAAGGAUGUUGAGUUUGGCUCUCUUGUGCACCGGUCCAUCUCCUUUUCUCAGGCCAACCAUGUCCAGUGUGGUAAGCAUGCUUGAAGGAAAAAUUCCAGUACAAGCUCCACUUAAUCAAAGCUCCAUGAAUGAUGAAUUGAGGUUAAGAGCCUUUGAGAAGUUCUCGCAGGACAGCCAAUCGUACAUCUCAGGAACAUCUCAAGAAAGUUGGGUGCAGAAGAGCAUAUCCGCGGAUGAUCCCAGGUUUGGUUCCACUACGUCUUUCCCGUACAAUGAAGAGAAUGAACACCAAUCUGAUGAAAGGAAACUUAUCCAUGAUGUUAAUGACAUUAGCUUAAAUUGAAUACCAUUAAGAAGCUGCAAUUACAAAAAGUAAAAAGAAAAAUGAAAAAUGCCAUCUUAACGUUUUUUUUUUAAUGUAAGUUAAUGUGAAAUGUUUGAAUAAUCAACUUGAUUUAUAAUUUAGCAAGGAUACAACUGACCUAAAUUGUAUAUAUCAGAUUGUCCAUGCUUAA